GCCGCAACUUCUUUACAUGACUUGUUCUCUUGCACUUAGCAGAAGCUCGAUUUUAAUGGCUAUCAGUGCAGUUUUCAGGUGGUUUGGAAUAUUCCGGCGAUGGACAGUUCAACCAGAAAACUGCGACGACAGCGACAACAGUAACCACACAUCAAACGCAGUCGAAUGUUAUGCAUGUACCCAACUAGGUGCCCCUGUCUUUCACUCCAGCACCUGCUGCGACCGUGCCCACCAACCCAAAUGGGAGGCAUCGGCCGGCUCAUCACUCAUUCCAAUCCACUACCGGUCCGGCGGAUCAACCGCUAAGAACCGGUCUACCGGAAAACGGAGAUCUUUGGGACCAUUCGGCCGGGUUCUGGACCCUAGAAGUCGGAAAGUACAGAGAUGGAACCGGGCACUGAUACUGGCACGUGGCAUGGCCUUGGCCGUUGAUCCACUGUUCUUCUACGCUCUAUCCAUCGGCCCCGGAGCCUCGCCGUGUCUGUACAUCGACUGUGGAUUGGCGGCAGUAGUGACAGUUAUUCGCACGUGCGUGGACGCGGUGCACGUGGUUCACCUAUGGCUUCAGUUUCGGUUGGCUUACGUGUCAAGAGAAUCGUUGGUGGUUGGGUGUGGGAAGCUCGUGUGGGACGCACGUGCUAUUGCUUCUCACUACGUGCGGUCAAUCAAAGGGUUCUGGUUCGAUGCGUUCGUCAUACUCCCGAUUCCCCAGUUCCUCCCCAAGGUCUACCACAGCAUAUACCUAAUGAGAAGAAUGAAGAAGGUUACAGGUUACGUCUUCGGCGCCUUUUGGUGGGCUUUUGGCCUUAAUCUCAUCGCCUACAUGAUUGCCUCUCAUGUUGUUGGGGGAUGCUGGUAUGUUCUUGCAAUACAAAGGGUAACCUCGUGCCUCAAGCAGCAAUUCGACCGGACAAACAAAUCAUGUAUGAACUCUUUGCAUUGUUCAGAGGAGGUUUGUUACCGGUUUCUAUCACCGUUGGGAAGUAUAGGGAACCCAUGUGGACGUGGAAACUCAACAGCGAUGACUGGAAAGCCAUUGUGCUUAGAUGUUGAUGGACCAUUUAGAUAUGGGAUUUACAGAGAGGCUCUUCAAGUACUAUUAAGCAACUCGGCUUCUGCUAAGAUUCUUUAUCCCUUAUUCUGGGGUUUAAUGUCACUCAGUACUUUUGGCAACUCCCUGGAACCAACAAGUGAUUUGUUAGAAUUGAGCUUCUGUGUCUGUGUUGUGCUCGGUGGCUUGAUGCUCUUCACUCUGUUGAUUGGGAACAUUCAGGUGUUCUUGCAUGCUGUCAUGGCAAAGAGGAGAAAGAUGGAGCUAAUGUGCCGCGAGAUGGAAUGGUGGAUGAGGCGAAGGCAAUUGCCAUCUCACCUGAGACAAAGGGUUCGCCAUUUUGAACGCCAAAGAUGGAUAACCAUGGGAGGAGAAGAUGAGUUGGAACUGAUCAAAGACUUUCCAGAAGGGCUUCGACGAGACAUUAAGCGCUUUCUUUGCUUAGACCUUAUAAGAAAGGUACCUUUGUUUCACAGUUUGGACGAUCUUAUCCUUGACAACAUCUGUGAUCGUGUUAAGCCCCUUGUCUUCUCCAAAGAUGAGAAGAUCAUUAGAGAAGGAGACCCUGUGCCCCGGAUCGUGUUCAUUGUCCAUGGACGCGUAAAGAGUACCCAAAACCUUAGCAAAGGCUUGGUAGCCACAAGCAGUUUAGAAGCCGGAGGGUUCUUUGGCGAUGAGCUUCUUUCAUGGUGCCUCCGACGCCCAUUUAUCGACAGACUUCCAGCCUCAUCUGCAACAUUCACCUGUGUUGAAUCAACAGAAGCAUAUGGUCUUGACGCAUACCACGUUCGAUAUAUCACCAAUCACUUCCGCUACAAAUUUGCUAAUGAGAGGCUUAAGCGAACGACGCGAUAUUACUCAUCAAAUUGGAGAACAUGGGCAGCUGUGAAUAUACAGUUAGCUUGGCGGCGUUAUGAGCAUAGGCGUCAAAGGCUGGUGGAUGUUGUGGUGGAGAAUGGUGGCGCUGAGCCGCGGCUGCGGCAGUAUGCUGCCAUAUUCAUGUCGAUCAGGCCACAUGAUCACCUUGAAUAAAAGCAACUGAUGGGAGUCCUUUUGUUAAUUGUUGCCGGUAAUAAUGAGAAAUAAACGUGGCCAAAUGUUUUGACCCAAAAAUAAAUAAAUAAGGUGACCAAAUGUAAAUUGAUUUCGAUGUAUUUUAUGCUUCAUUCUUGAAUAAAUAUUUCUAUUA